AGUUCAGCCUGCACAGAUGCUUCUCCCAGUAUAGCAGUCAGAUCCAGUGUCCCCCUUUCAGUCCAUGCUGGAGCUCAUUUGCGACUCUGGGGGGACUGCAUGGUCACCUGUGCUGCUGAGUGCUGCUGUGUUCGCCAGGCUGAGCAAACAGGAAAUGAAAUUCAAAAAUUCCCGGGGCUUUUCCUGUCUACCUGGCUAGUGCAUCAGAGUUCAAAGUGCUGUCCAAAGCGGUCACAAUGGAGCACUCUGGGAUAGCUCCCGGAGGCCAAUGCCGUGGAUUUGCGUCCACACUACCUCAGAUUCGACCCCAUAAGGUCAAUUUCAGCACUACUCCCCUCACCGGGGAGGAGUACAGAAGUCGAUUUUAAGAACCCUUUAGGUCGACGGAACGGGGUUGGUUGUGUGGACGCGGUCAUCUUUAAAUCGACCUAACGCGGCUAAAUUCGACCUGACCCCGUAGCGUAGACCAGGGCUACCAGUUGUUCUAUUAAUGGGACCGACAGCUGGACGAAAGAGGCGUGCUGUUUGCGCUCCGCUCCCCAGGGGUUUGGAAACGACACCUGGCUCGCUCUUCUGCGGCAUUGCGGUCUGGGCGGCGGCGGCGCAGGGCAGCCUCUCCAGCCUGAAGGAGAAAGAUUUCAGAACGAAGUCCCAGCGGGGGAGGCUCGGCUGUGCGCCCCUGCACUGCCUGGACCCUCGCUCCGGGCCCUUGCGCGCCGCGGCCCGGACGCCCCUUCUCCCAGCACGGCGGACUCACGCUAGGCCAGGACCCAGGACUCUCCCCAACAGCCCGGCGACGCCGGGGCGGGGCCUGGAAGGAGCGGCCGGAACGGUAGUUGGGGCGCCCCGGUUCGGCGGGGGGACCAGUUUAGCGGCGCACGCUGUGGUACCGGAAGUCGCUGUGGUGCCCAAGAGAGCCGGCUUGGCCCCGGAGGAGCCCGCCGGCCGGAGCUAGGGGGUCCGCCCCAGCUUGGGGUCCGUCCCCGCCCUUGGUAGGGGCCGCGUCUCCUGCGCCGGGGACGAGCGGGAGCCGCCGCCGCCAUGGGGAAGAGGCAGCACCAGAAGGAUAAGAUGUACAUAACAUGUGCAGAAUACACACAUUUUUAUGGAGGAAAGAAAUCAGAUAUUCCACAAGCAAAUUUUAGACGGUUAUCUUUUGAUCACUGCAGUUUAUCUCUGCAACCAUUCGAAUAUCCAGUUUGCACACCAGAUGGAAUAGUCUUUGAUUUGCUGAGUAUUGUUCCUUGGAUAAAGAAGUUUGGGACCAACCCAAUCACAGGGGAGAAACUAGAUGCCAAAUCUCUUGUCAAACUAAACUUCGCUAAAAACAAUGAAGGUAAAUACCAUUGUCCAGUGCUCUUCACUGUCUUCACCAAUAACUCCCAUAUAGUGGCUAUCAAGACGACUGGAAAUGUGUUUGCUUAUGAGGCAGUUGAGCAGCUGAACAUAAAAACAAAAAGCUACAAGGAUCUCCUGACAGAUGAACCCUUUACUAGGCAGGACAUCCUGACACUGCAGGAUCCAACCAAUCUGGACAAAUUUAAUGUCUCCGACUUCUUCCAUGUUAAAAACAACUUAAAGGUGACAGACCCAGAUGAAGAAAAAGCAAAAUUGGAUCCAUCUUACUAUCUGAAAAAUACAAAUUUAGAGACCCGAGAGACUUUACUGGAGCUGUAUAAAGAAUUCAAAGGAGAUGAUAUUCUAGCAGCUACAAUGAAGGCCCCGGAAAAGAGAAAAGUGGAUAAGCUGAAUGCAGCUCACUAUUCUACAGGGACAGUAAGUGCUUCCUUCACAUCCACUGCCAUGGCCCCAGAAACCACACAUGAAGCAGCUGCCAUUGAGGAGGACGUUGUGCGAUACCAGUAUGUGAAGAAAAAAGGUUAUGUACGACUGCACACUAAUAAAGGAGACCUGAACUUGGAGUUGCACUGUGAUAUGUUGGGGAGCCCCUCGCUGGCUCUGGGGCUAUGUCUAGAGUCCUGGGAUCCAUGGAUUGCAUCUCCUACACUUGCUUCUUCUCUAGCUGUGAUGAACAUCAGCAGUGCCUGUACUGUUUGGACACCCAGAGCGUGUGAAAACUUCAUCAAGCUAUGCAAGAAGAAGUAUUAUGAUGGAACUAUUUUUCACAGAUCAAUUCGUAAUUUUGUGAUCCAAGGAGGUGAUCCUACUGGAACAGGAACAGGAGGAGAGUCCUAUUGGGGAAAACCUUUUAAAGAUGAGUUCAAGCCAAAUCUGUCCCACACUGGACGUGGUAUUCUUAGCAUGGCCAAUUCAGGACCCAACAGCAACAAAUCACAAUUCUUUAUCACAUUUCGCUCCUGCACAUACCUGGACAAGAAGCACACCAUUUUUGGAAGAGUGGUUGGUGGUUUUGAGGCUCUGACAGCUAUGGAGAAUGUGGACAGCGAUCCAAAAACAGAUCGUCCCAAGGAGGAAAUACGAAUUAAAUCAAUAACUGUUUUUGUUGAUCCGUAUGAAGAGGCAGAUGCUCAGAUCUCUGCAGAGAGAGAGAAGGCCCGACAAGAGGAGGAAGCAGCCAAAACCAAAACUAAGGCUGUCCUGCCAAAGAAAGAGAGCCAGGCUCCCAAAACUUACCGGCAGGGCAUUGGGAAGUAUAUUAAUAUGGCUGCAACAAAACGAACAGCAGAUGAUGAUGGGCCUUCAACCAGUGCAGCUGUGAAGAAAGAGAAAAGGAGCACAGGCUUUGGGGACUUCAGUUCCUGGUAGUAGAGUGGAGAGCCUGUCACUGGAGCAGUACAGCAAAAAAAAGCCUCCCACCAACCCCAAGGGGCAUGAAAGGCAGGCUGUCCUGGGGAGGGAAAGCACUGGCCCACCCUUCUAGUGGGGAAGAAAAUCACUGCUUUGUAAAAGCUCCUUAAUGCGGCUUUGUUCUCUAGAGAGCUACAUUCCUCCAACUGCAUCUUCCUUGAAGCCCUGGGUUAUGGUGGAUUUUACAGCCGUGGAGUGGGCACCCCCACUACUCUUUCAGACUGUUGAUUAUCUAGAGCCUCUUUGUCUACUUCGCUGCUCGGCAGAUUAAGCAGAGUCAUCUCCGUCGGGACAGGAGCUCAGGGAACAGGCGUGGUGGUGAGCGAGCUCCUUUUUUCAGGGAAUCGCUUCCAGAUGAGACAGGUCCAUGCCAGCUGAGUGAAUUGGGGGAAAUCAGUGAUGACACUGUACCCCUAGCUUUAGUCUUUCCCCCAAGCUCUUUACUGGAACCCCGGGGUGCCACUUAUUGUCCUCUCUCCACCUCCCUUCCUUUUUGAGGCCCUGUGCAGCCACCCUUAUUCUGCCCAAGGACUGCCUCUGGAGCCUAUCCAUACUGCUUGUUAAUGGGUUGAGAGGUUGCUGGCAAUCAACAUAAAUCCAUGGGCCUGAACAGGCUGUCUGCAGCCAACCAAAUCCUGCCACAGCCUGGGAAACAGCUGAUCAGGACUGGCAGCCUAAUCCAGAGCCUCCACUUGGCACUGCCGAGCAGUUAGGCCACCAUGUUGGCCCAUUUAUUGUUCUGUCUUGGUAGCCAGCUUUGCUCAUAGCCACUGAAACUCCAGUGUCACCAUCAGUGCCACUCUGACUAAAGGCCAGAAGGUAUCAGUUCAGAACCCUGUCUUUAUCUUGUGUAGCUUCCAUUUGGGACAAGUGACUAGUAAGAAGCAGCAUUGUAGAUUUAGUUUUUAAACCUGUCCUUGUCAUUGCAGAAUAACAGGACUGAGUUCUGCUCUCAUAGGAGAGAGAGAGCCCUGCUUUCGUUAACUGCUUGUAACAGUCCCAGAAAUCACAUCCAUCUGAUACCUCCUUUUUACAGUGUCCAACUAGAGAGAGACCUCAUUAGGAUAAUGUGAUGUCAAAGGGCAUGCACACCCUGUACCUAUUCACCUCAGCUGCUUAAAUCCCUUCCAGAAUCAGCCCCAAAUAUAUUAAUUACCAGAGUAGCCAGGCACACACAAAUUAAGAUGUUUCCAAACUUAAGAAUUUAGGAAGAAGUGACUUGUAUCAGCCCAUAGCAUUUAACCUUCUUAACCUCCUAAUAUUCUUCACCCUCUGUUUGUUACCAUCCUUGUGGCCCAAAGAGGUGAGGUACUGGUCCUACAGAACAAUUCUUUUCCACUGCUCCUCCCAUACAUUUUGAAUUAGCAGAAAUCCCCUCCUUACUCCAUCUCAGAAGCUGAGUACUGCUUUUGCAAUCAGAUUUGUAAAUAACGCAUUUCUAUUAACAGUAUCUUGUUUUAAAAGAACUCUGCAUUUAUACAAAAUUGAACUUUUGGUGAAAUGUUUUCAUUAAAAGCUUUUAUUUCCUUUUGAA